AUGAUGACGUCUAUCAAGACACACAUAUCCGGCAAUUUCGAGAGUAGAUUGGUGGAUCACCUUUCGUGUCGCCUCGAGAGAAGACUGUGGGAGUUCCGGGACGACGAACACUUUUGGACGAAUAUUCCCCGUGCAGCAAAGAAGAUUUACGAGGCAGCUGGGCAGAAGACUCCUGAACGAGCUUUGCCAAUUAUACGCAAGUUCGUGGACCAGAAAAGAGGAAGUGAAAACGAGCUGCUUCGUCCUGAGUGGGGAGAAGCUAUGGAGGACCUCCUGUCGGAGUACAGGGGUCUCUUUGAACCUCUGCGUGCGAAGAGACCUCCACCCAAGAACCCCCCUGAACACCCGAAGACAGAAGAAGAGUUGACUGGGCGCGAAGAUUUCUUGUACAACGUGAAAGCCAUGCUGAACGAUGUCUUACAGAUCGAGGCCGAGUGCCGUAAAGUAGAUUUUCACCUUCAAAAGAGGAGAGGGGAGAUCUGGUCCGAAAUCAACGAGAGGCAGCAGUCCAUCAAGUCAUUCAUCCAAGACGAAAGAGGGGGGAUCGAGAUGAGCAAGAAGGACGCGUCGAAUCUCGUGCGCGACGUUCGAAACACGAGGAAGGACAUGUGGAAGAGCAUGAGGGAGCCGGGAACGGAGCAUCCACCGAAAGCCUUCUCACUGAUGCCACACUUCUCUCUCACAACACAGGUGGCCAAAGUACCCGCCUUGUGGAGGCACCUUGGGCAACCUCGACCAACUGACAUUAUUGGGCACCUAUCCCUACCGGCUGAUGUUGGCUGA